GUACUCUGUCUCUGUACUCCAUAAGUACCUUGGCACAAAGUCGAAAGACUCCCAAAUCUGAGGAUCCCAUUAAUGAGAACACUGUGCCAAGUUGGGAUUUCCGUACCAAUUGCAUCUGCCCCGUCCCAAAGGCUCCUGAAGCUCGACUUUUUUGGCUAGGCGCAACCCAACCCGAAAUCUCAUCUCAGAAUCCUCCUGAAAGGCGGCUGAGAUAUUGUGAUGAACUUCAUAACUUCCAUGGAAACCUCACACGUCGGCAUCGCAGUUGCAGGCGUGGUCAUUGCGCUCAUUAUUUUCAAUAUGGGUCUCUUCAGCAAGAACCAGAUGCCAGUUGAGGGCAAGACUGUUCUCAUCACGGGCGGUUCAGAAGGCAUGGGCUUGAGUGCGGCGCGCCAACUAGCAGCCAAAGGAGCAAACAUCAUUAUUAUCUCGCGGAGCCAGCAGAAGCUAGACAUAGCCCUUGCUGACGUCAAGGCCGCUGCAAAGUCUCAAUCCCAACGGUUCCUCGCCAUAGCUGCAGACGUGACGCAGGAAGGCUACGCCGCCGGCAUCGUGUCAAAGGCCACAGCAUGGAACAACGGCAAGUCCCCAGACAUCGUCUGGUGCGUCGCGGGCAUGUCCAUCCCCAUGCUCUUCCACGAGGACCGCGCCAUCGCCGAGAUGCGCCGCGAGAUGGGCGUCAACUUCUGGGGCGGCAGCGAGAUGGCCCACGCCAUCCUCAGGGAGUGGUGGUCGCCGGACCACAAGUACCCCAACGAGCCCAAGCACCUCAUCUUCACCGCCUCCGUGCUGGCCCUGUACGGCAUCGUGGGCUACUCGCCGUACAACCCGACCAAGUGGGCCCUCCGGGGCCUCGCCGACACCCUGACCCAGGAGGCCAUGCUGUACCCCGACCAGCCCGUCAAGAUCCACGUCGUGUUCCCCGGCACGAUCCUCAGCCCCGGCUUCGAGAGGGAGCAGACGACAAAGCCCGACAUCACGCUGGAGCUCGAGAAGGACGACCCCAAGCUGACGCCGGACCAGGUCGCCGAGAGGGCCAUCGCGGGCCUGGAGGCCGGCAAGCACUUCGUCACCGUCGGCCUCAUGGGCGAGCUGCUGCGCUAUGGGGUCAUGGGCGGGUCUCUGCGGAACAACUGGCUGGUUGACACGCUCAUGGCGUGGUUCAUGGCGCCGGUGUGGUUCAUUGUUCAUCUGGUGAUUCACGGCCAGAUCAAGGGCUUUGCGAAGAAACAUGGGCACCCGAGCACAUAUCCCAAGAAAAUCUAGGCCUCUCUCCGGUGUUUAGCAGCUGGGAAGACGCGACUCUCCACGUUCACGACAGGACUCAUGUACAAUAUGAGGAGUUUGGGGGAAAGCUACAGUUUUCUAUAUCUGUACCCGUGUUUGAUAUGGAUUUGAACCUUGGAGCUGACAGAAACAACUGUUGCAUAAUGCCACUUUUGAUCUAUACCAUUUGGAGUUUGCAGCUCG